AUGCCGGUUCCCACCCCCUCUGGGGCCCCGGUCCCCGGCCAGUUCAAAGUGUGGCUGCCCUGGUUCCUUGGGGAAGAGUUUUCGGCCCUCCUGGCCGCCGAAGAGGCCACCCCCCUCAUCCCCGCCGACGUCGUCGCCGCCGCCACCAAGGCCAAUCAAGCCACAACCCUACGUAAUGGAUAG